AUGGCGGCGCCGAAGCGCGCGCUCAUCGUCGGCCUCCGCAAGCUGAACCCCAGCCUGAAGGAGCAGAUGGCAGCUUGGGUCAAGCCACAGAACCUCGCCUACAUCAGCGGCCUCACGAACAAGCAGCUCCAGCAGGACCUGGCAUCCAUGGCCGCGUCUCUAGAGAGCGAAGGCAUCCGCCUGGAGAACGUCCUGGUGGAGGGGGAGAUCGACGAUGCGGGCAUCCAGCGCAGCUGCAAUCAGCUGCGGCAGCACCUAUGUCAAUCGGAUGCAUAUGACGUGGUGGUCCUCGGCGCCGGCAUCCGUGGCCCACUGGCGCACUUGCCGCUGUUCGAGAGCCUCGUCAACGUGACGCACCGACAUGCCCCGAGCGCGAGGAUUGCCUUCAACACGUAUCCGCUGGAUACCGCCGAGGCCAUCAAGCGUGCGCUGGCAGCGAAGGAGGAGUGA